AUGUCUAUGCAGUUUCAAAACCCGUUUCAACAGGAACAGUUUGACGUAUUCGAAUGGCAUCCUCUAUUUUUGUCCUGUCUUCGAUACUUUGUCGAUCAUGCUCAGUAUAGCCCUGCAGUUCAAACAGUAUCUGCCUGUGUUAAUAUUCUCCUCCCUUUCCAGAAAGGAAACUCACAACCCCUAACGCCAACACGCAAUGGCCCUUCAUCAUCUUCAUCUUCAUCUCGGGCGUCUGUUCACGGAAGCUUGCAUUUAGGAGGUCCUGCAUCUCCUUCAGUCACUCUAAUUCCCUACAUUCGACGCCUCAUAGUAACUGGUUUCGAUACCCCUGCAGUUCUUCAUGGCUUUUUUGGAGACGACUGGUUGCAGGGUAUUGGGCGUAUUCAUGAAAGUGAACGCAGAAACUACAUGUUUGCUGCCAAGAGUGAUACUUGGUUGCGGGUCAAGACUCAAUAUGAUAUGGAUGACGGACAAACAGUCCCCUUUCUCAGACCGCUGCAAAACGUAACCGAAGACGAGAUACAGGCAGCCGAAUCCAACUGGAGCGAAUGGCUCGCAAUGCAAGACUGGAUGGUGGGGCCGAGGGCCCCUUCUGAUAUUGGCGACCGCUUUGUGAACGUCAAGAAGGAACAUGACUGA